AAUAUCACCAUGUCUCCACCUAUGACAGGAAGAGCUCACUUGUAUCUCAACACACUGAACACACCUGAGUUGAAUAGGACCGGACAAAACACUUUUUUUCUGCCGACCUAGUUCUGAUUACUCACAGGCAUGGCUUCCCUCAUGUCUGAGGACCAGUUUCUGUGCUGUAUCUGCCUGGACAUCUUCACCAACCCCGUGUCCAUCCCGUGUGGUCAUAACUUCUGCCUGACCUGUAUCAAAAGCUACUGGGACACCCGGGAGCGCUUCGAGUGCCCCCUCUGCAAGGAGAGCUUCCGCCGUCGGCCAGAGCUACGCAUCAAUCACGUUUUUAAGGACAUCACUGAGCACUUCCAGAGGUCCCUAAAGGUCAAAGCCCAGCAGGCAGAUGAAGGCGAUUAUCAAGACAUAGGAGUAUUAGCGUCACAGUGUUCACCAGGGCUCGGUUCUGAGCCAGAUGCAGUUUCCUGCGAUGUCUGUACCGGGACGAAGCAGAGAGCUGUUAAGUCCUGUCUGGUGUGUCAGGGGUCGUACUGCAAGAACCACCUGGGGCCUCACCAGAGAGAGCCGGCCCUCCAGAGGCACAGGCUGACGGACCCAGCAACCUUCGCCACGCGAGGCCUGUGCCGGAAGCACGAGAGGCCCCUGGAGCUGUUCUGUAGGAUGGACCAGACACCGGUGUGUGUGAGAUGCAAUGAUACUGACCACAAGGGCCACAACACUAUCCCAAUGGAGAGAGAGAGCAAGAAGAUGAGGACUCAGAUGAAGAAGACUGAAGGAGAUCUGUUGAAGAUGGUUCAGGACAGACUGAGGAAGAUGGAUGAGAUCAAACACUCAGUGGAGCUCAGCAAAAUAAGUGCUGAAAAGGAGAUUGAGGGCAGUGUACUAGUCUAUAGCAAACUGGUGUGCUCCAUCAAGAGAAGCCAGGCUGAGCUCAUCGAGGUGAUUGAGAAGAAGCAGAAAGCAGCAGAGAGGCGCGCUGAAGGGCUCAUCAAUGAGCUGGAGCGGGAAAUCAUUGAACUACAGAGAAGAAGCACUGAGCUGGAGCAGCUCUCACACACAGAGGACCAGCUCCACUUCCUACAGAGUUUUCCCUCUCUCUCCACUCCUCCACCCACCAAGGACUGGUCUGAGAUCAGUGUAUACUCCGAUCUAUGUGUGGAUACUGUGAGGGCUGCUAUGUCUCAGCUUGUGGACACCUGCAGAGACUUUGAAAAUAGAUUAUGUGAAGCGGAGCUGAGGAGAACCCAGCAAUAUGCAGUGAACGUCACUCUGGAUCCAGUCACAGCCGCCUCGUGGCUCGUCCUGUCCUCCGACGGGAAGCAGGUGAGUCUGGGAUACCAGCAGAACCACUCCCUUCCUGCUGACCCUCGGAGGUUUGACUCCUGCGUCUGUGUGCUGGGAAAGCAAGGCUUUGCCACCGGGAGGCACUACUGGGUAGUCCAGGUGGGCGACAAGACAGACUGGGAUGUGGGCGUGGCUAAAGAGUCUGUCAACAGGAAGGGGAGUGUCACGGUGAGGCCGGACCAAGGCUACUGGGCUGUGUGCCGGAGGAAAGGCAGCCAUCUUAGCGCAUGUGCCGGGCCAUCUGUCCCCCUUCACCUGAGAAAGAAGCCGCGGAAGGUUGGGGUGUUUGUGGAUUUCGAGGAGGGAUUGGUCUCCUUUUACAAUAUGGAGGCGAAGGCUCAUAUUUAUAGUUACAGGGGAUGCGGCUUCACUGAGACACUGUAUCCGUAUUUUAACCCCUGUCUCCAUGACGACGGGAAGAACACUGCCCCAUUGGUUAUCUGUUCUGUGGAAGGGGAGGCGGGGCCUAUACAGGAAGUUGUGAGGUCUAAUAUCCCGCCCGCGGCUCUGGCGUUGGCUGGGAGGAGCCGUCAAUCAUCUGUUGGCUCUGUUUCGCAACACUUCUGAGGCUGUUAUCUGACAAGGGACUUUGAGAGAUACUUCUGAAAAAUACUACCUGUGUUGAUGGACAGAACCAAUGACAUAAGCAUAAGAGUUAAAUUAUGAUUUUGUAUCCAGAUUUGGUAGAAUUGAUUCUUAUAUUUCAUAGCUUAAUGCGCAAUCUCACCUUGAGAUUGUUUUCUUACUAGCUGUCUACAUUUUGAGGAGAAACAAAGAAAUGAGAGGAUAGAGAGAAAAGGGAGGAGUGUAGAACAGGUAGGCGGUUGCGGGCAAAACAAAACAGUCGUUGUAUGUGAUGCUCGUGUAUGUGAUAUGAUUAAAUGUCUGUUUGAACACAGGGGUUCCCUGGGAGAGAAAGAGAGCAGGGUUAGAAAGAGGGAAAGGAGGGAGAGGAAAGGAGGGAGAGAGACAGAGAGGUGUGAGAGAGCGAGAGGGUGGGGUGUAGAGAGCAUGUGAGAGUGAGAGAAUGCUUGACAGGGAGGGAAAAGUGAGAGAAAAGAAACAGAAAAAGGAGUAACUUCCUCGUUGCUACAUGAAAACAUAGAAAUACAAUUUAUUGCAAAGGUAAGAUUUAAGAUUUAGAUUUCAACUGUUGUAACAUUUUAAUUCCCAAUGUUGUAUCCUUAAUUUGAUCAAAAUUGGUAAUGUGGGAGAAAUGUUUUUGAAGACAUUAUUGUUAUGAUCAUAAUAGCAUAUUUCUGUCACUUUACUGCUCUGUUUGAUUAACAUCUUUAUGUAAUAAACUCACUUUGUGAAUAAAGAGACUUUUCCCCUA